AUUGAAUUGGACACUCCAUGACAGUCACUGUCCCGCCAUGGCCGAUUUUGUCAUCAGCGACGCGCUGACGGCCUAUUUGGACGAUCCACACGCCAUCCCCACGCCCGAGGCAGUAUCAGACCUGGCCGAGUGCGAAAAUGAUCCCGAUGCCUUCUCUCCCGCCCUCAUCAACAGCGUGUUGAACGAGAUCAGUGCGGCGGUGGGCGAGCACCCCGAGGCUAUCCUCCAGCCAGCCCACCUGGACAGCCUGCAGUUCUUGCUCAAGCAGACAUCCUAUAUACCGCCGCAAUCGCUUGGCCGAGUCUUCGAUCUGGUAAUCAGUGGAUUGGGCGCAGAGGCCGAAAUUGUGCAUCAGGAGGACCAGGAAGAUCAGGAGGAAGGCGCGGAACCAGCACAGCACAAGCAGAUUCUCGAGAUCUUUGCCUUUCUGCUGCAAUGGUGCGUGGCGGCAGUGGAAGCCAAGAGCGCAGAGAGGCCGGCCGGCCCAGUAAGAGGCAAGGCCGUUAAAGGCGCGAAGAGCAAAGCCGCGCAGAAAGAUGGCAACUGGGAUCCCUCGAACCAGCUGCAGACCGCGCUGGAUACCAUGGCAAAAGUCAUGAAGUUGAAGCUGGCCAAGAUCUUUGUGACGACGAGCGACCGCGACAAUUUUAUCGGCCUGUUCACGAGACCGACCUACCAGAUUCUGGAGAGUGAGACGAGGGUGAAGAGUACGGCCAUUCGUAUGCACGCAUUCAAAGUGCUUUGUGUGGCCAUCAAACAGCAUGGGCACGCAUAUGCUGCUCAGACUAGCAUCAUCCAGAACUUGACAUACUUCGAGCACCUUUCAGAGCCCAUGGCCGAGUUCUUAAACAUCCUGGCCGAGCAAUACGAUUACCCGCAACUCGCAGAAGAGGUGCUGAAAGAGCUGUCGAGCAGAGAAUUCAGCGAGAGUGACACCAAGGGGCCAAAGUCCGUCUCGACUUUUGUGGCGAGGCUUUCAGAGCUGGCUCCGCGAGUGGUGCAACGGCAGGUCACGUACGUGGCGAAACUGCUCGAGAGUAACAACUAUACUCUUCGCUGUGCCAUCAUUGAAGUCUGUGGUAACCUGAUCACUUCCCUCUCACGAAUGGAUGAUAGUGAGCGGAAGGAGGAGCACAAGGGACAAAUCAAUGCUUUCUUCGAGGUCCUCGAGGAGCGCUUCCUUGAUGUCAAUCCAUACUGCCGGUGCCGUGCAAUUCAGGUCUACGUCAAACUGUGCGAUCUGGAAACGAAAUAUCCAAAGCGUAGACAGAGAGUCGCCGAGCUGGCCACACAGAGCCUAGAGGACAAGUCAUCGAAUGUGAGAAAGAACGCGAUCAAGCUGCUCGCCAAGCUACUUGGAACCCAUCCUUUUGCAGUGCUUCAUGGCGGUCAACUGAGCUAUACCGAGUGGAGUGAGAGGCUGGAGACGGUGGAUGCCGAGCUCGCAAGCCUCAAGUUGCCUGCAGAAACAGGACUUGGAGAGCGCGACCCGAACGAACAGACUGUAGACCAAAGCCUGCUCGACGAUGUUACUAAGAUUGAUCAGACCGAGAAACCGCAAAGCGAGGAAGAGCUGGAGGCUGCGUUCCGCAAAGCUCAGGAAGAAGCUGCCACUGCCGAGGCCAUGAACAAAUUGCAGCUCACGAGACGGUACUAUAUCGAGGCGCUCAGGUUUAUCGAGACACUGCAUGAGGCUUCUCCGCAUGUAGUGCACCUGCUGUCCUCCAAGAACAAGAGCGAAGUGGUGGAGGCCAUGGACUUCUUCGUCACGGCAGAUGCGUACAGACUAGAAACAGCCAAGCCUGGCAUCCGACGGAUGCUCAAGCUGAUAUGGACCAAGGGCAAUAGCGAUGAAGGCAAAGGUGUGCAGACUCAUCUCAUCGAGUGCUACAAGGGCCUCUUCUUCGCCGCGCCUGGUAACUUUAGUGCCAACGAAGCAGCAAACUAUGUCGCGCGAAACAUGCUGAGUCUAACAUUUGGCUCAACACCGGCCGAGCUGACUAGUCUUGAGCAACUACUGGCCACUAUGAUGAAGGAAAAGGCGAUCAAUGAACUCGUUAUUCAGAAGCUGUGGCAGGUGUACGGCGUACAGAAACGAGACAUUUCGAAAUCACAACGUCGCGGCGCAAUCAUCGUGCUGGGAAUGCUAGCACUGGCUGAUCCCGAUAUCGUUGUCCGUGAGAUGGAGACUUGUCUGCGCAUAGGACUUGGUGCCAUUGGUCGUCGGGAUCUUGUGCUCGCGCGCUAUACUUGUGUCGCACUCAUGCGCAUGACCAACAACAAACCCACCAAAGGAACAGAAGGGAAGCCAAGUGUUCGUUUGCCAAAUGACCACGCUGUGCUGAUUCGUCUUGCCGAUUUGCUUGCUAUUGAAAGUGAUAGCAAGGACUGGUACGGUCUGGCUGAGCAAGCCAUUGGCGCCAUUUAUGCCCUUUCGAAACACCCAGAUGUGCUCUGCUCAGAAGUCCUCCGAAGGAAGACGAAAGCUGUGUUUGCACCACGAAGGGUUGCGACGCCUCCAAUCAAGCAGGAACCUGAGACCAAAGGGGAUAACAGCCAAGUCGACGACGAUGGCGACGUCGAUAUGAGCGAAGCACCGGAGGAGCAGCCCGAGCAGGACAUGGAAGCGCAAGCGCAAGCAGAAACGCCUGCCCAAGAAAGCGAAAACAACCAGGCGUUGGCACUCUCGCAGCUGCUGUUCGCUGUUGGUCAUAUUGCGCUAAAGCAGAUAGUUCAUCUUGAGCUUUGCGAGCAGGACUUCAAGCGACGCAAAGCUGAAAAGGAGAAGAUGAAUCCCUCACCAGCAAAGAAGACACCAGGCAGCCGUGCGUCAGCCAGCAAGAAAGGUGAAGGGAAGACUAAAGAAGAGCAGGAAGCCGAGGACGAGCUUGAUCUCAUGGCCGGCACGAACGAAGAUGACUUUGCGGACGCCAUCGCUCACAUUCGCGAGAAGGAACUGCUCUUCGGCGAGCAAUCUUUACUCUCACGCUUCGGCCCCCUCGUGAAAGAGAUAUGCAGCAACAACACCUCAUACCCCAAUGCCGGGCUGCAAUCGCAUGCUGCGCUAUGCAUGGCAAAACUGAUGUGCGUCAGCUCCGAGUACUGCGAAGCGAAUCUGGGGCUGCUCAUCACGAUCUUGGAACGGUCUCCAUCGUCAAUCACAAGGAGCAAUCUUGUCGUAGCUCUGGGAGAUAUGGCAGUCUGCUUCAAUCACCUGAUCGACGAGAACACCGACUUUUUGUACAGAAGGCUCUCGGAUCCCGCUCUACAGGUCAAGCGGACGUGUCUCAUGACUCUCACCUUUUUGAUCUUGGCCGGACAGGUCAAGGUCAAGGGUCAGCUCGGGGAGAUGGCGAAAUGUGUCGAAGAUGCGGAUCAAGGCAUUCGCGAACUCUCCAGAAUGUUCUUCUCGGAACUCGCUGGCAAGGACAAUGCCAUAUACAAUCACUUCGUCGACAUGUUCAGCCUACUAUCUGCCGACCAAGAACUCGACGAAGACCGGUUCCGCAGAGUCAUCAAGUUCUUAGCGGGCUUCAUCGAAAAGGACAAGCAUGCGAAGCAGCUCGCGAGCAAACUUGCGCCACGACUGCAACGCGCAGAAAAUGAGAGGCAGUGGAACGAUGUGGCCUUCGCGCUUGGGUUACUACCUCACAAGAACGAGGAUAUCACCAAGGUUGUGCAAGAAGGAUGCAAGGUUGUCGAAGGUCAGGCAUAGAAUGCAGGUCCUCAAAUGAUCACGACUGAAAUGGAUCCGAUGGAUAUCACGAGGCGUUUGCGGAGUAUGACUAUUGCUCAAUGAAAUCGGGCGGGCCUACGAGCUCUGGUGGGAGAUAUAGAUGUUGAUCAUGAUGCAGUCUCGCAAUUUCGUAACAGAGUACCAACGUCGAGCCUGUCGGCUCGCACGCCCUUCUCUUUUCCUCUCUCGCACCAGGAACACGUUCAAGCACCAUCAUUCGUCGUCGUCGUCGCCGACUUCUCCGCCGCCGCUCUCCGCCGCUCAAACUCGAUCAAGCUAUCUACAUUCAGAGCAAGCUGCUGCCCCAUCCACGUCGCCCUCUGCGUAUGAUCCCGCACUGCAUCAUCUGUAUUCGGAUGCAACAGCGCCGACAACGGACCCCGAUGAAUCACCAACCACGGCACAAACGCUCCAAACUGCUGCGGCGAAAACAAAUUCACCUCAAACAUGGCUUUGGGAUGCGGUCCCACAGGUCGAUCAAACAUGGGAUAAAUUCUCAAUUCGGGAAAUUCUCGUCGAAUGCGUUCGUGUAGUGAUCGCGCAAAAGAAGUUUCAAACGUCGACGUCGCGGUGUAGUAGAUGUGGAUGUCGAAGGCUCCUCUGCUGUCUUGAGCUAGGGGGUCGAUGAAGGUUGUGUAGGAUUGACUCAGAAUGGGAGUUUGGGUGUUUUUGAGGGAUUUUCCGUCGGGGUUGCGCUCGGUUGAUAGUGGUUCUUGAUCUUUCCAGCCCUCGAGGGGGUCUGGGUAGUCGUAUAGCAUGGGGUCUGCCAUGGGGUGAUUUUUUUUUUCUUUUUUUGCUCUGGUGGUGUUUGUUUGUUCCGUCCGGUGCAGAGGAAAAGGAAUUCUUGUGUCUCUGGAUUAUAGGCUGAUGGAUGUCCGACAGUUGGUCACCUUUUAGUACAAAGGUAUAUGUUCUGCUUAGAUCUAUAUGCCGGUGGUCUCGGAAAGCUGGAAGUGCCUCGUCGCCACGGAUGAUUCCGGAUUGCGCAAGGGACGGACUCGAGGAACUAAUGUAACGCUUUAUUGACUAUGUCGAUCGAUGGGUUAUGUGCAUUGUCUCUUAUAUCAACUGGCCUCCAUUGUCAACCGGAUCAGCCUGAUCGUGAUCGUGAUC